UUUGCCAUCUUGUAUUUAGCAAAGAACAAAAAAAGACCGACCUCGGUAUGGGGUGCUUAUAUUAAGUCGGAUCUAAAGAGUAUAUUUUUAAAAAACGUGAGGUGUAACUGGACAGUAUGCUUGGAAGUGGGGCAACGCGGAGAAACCACAGCCACACCCCGGAGAACAGCUAAUGUUAACGUUAGCUUCCAAGCUAUCGAAGCUAAGCUAGCUAAUUAGCUACGGCUAGUAUUAUAGGAGAGGACAAGGCAAGCUCCUAUUUGAACCAGCUAAACUAGCGGUGUUAUUUAUAGACCGUUAAUGAAAUUCACCAUUGGGACUUCAGUGGAAAUGGAACAACACUUGUGUUGAUUGUCUGCAGAGAGGAAAAUACCCGGGCUAUGAGGAGAGAAGCUCGCUAGCUCGCUGCUACCAGUUAUUUUUCGUUCCGGAGAGGAACCACAAUAAGCCGCGGCCCUGGCCAUGCCCUCAGGUGCACGGGCGGGCAAUAUAAAAGACCCCGAAGUGGCAGACCUUUUCUGCAAAGAUGAUCCGGAGAAGCUGUUCGCUGACCUCCGUGAGAUCGGCCAUGGCAGCUUCGGAGCCGUUUACUUUGCCCGAGAUGUGCGCAACAAUGAGGUGGUGGCCAUCAAGAAAAUGUCGUACAGCGGCAAGCAGACGAACGAGAAAUGGCAGGACAUCAUUAAAGAGGUGAAGUUCCUGCAGAAACUCCGCCACCCGAACACCAUCGAGUACCGGGGCUGUUACCUGAAGGAGCACACAGCAUGGCUGGUGAUGGAGUACUGCCUCGGCUCGGCUUCAGAUCUCCUCGAAGUUCACAAAAAGCCGCUCCAAGAAAUGGAAAUAGCUGCUAUUACCCAUGGUGCACUGCAGGGAUUAGCAUAUCUUCACUCGCACAACAUGAUUCACAGGGAUGUGAAGGCGGGGAACAUCCUGCUGACGGAGCCCGGACAGGUCAAACUGGGGGACUUUGGCUCUGCCUCCAUCGUGGCGCCUGCCAACUCCUUCGUAGGGACUCCCUACUGGAUGGCUCCAGAGGUGAUCUUGGCGAUGGAUGAGGGGCAGUAUGACGGCAAAGUGGACGUGUGGUCGCUGGGCAUCACCUCCAUAGAGCUGGCGGAGAGGAAGCCCCCACUGUUCAACAUGAAUGCUAUGAGUGCCUUAUAUCACAUCGCUCAGAAUGAAAGUCCCAUCCUGCAGUCCAAUCACUGGUCUGAUUCCUUCCGAAACUUUGUUGACUCUUGCCUACAGAAGAUUCCCCAGGACCGGCCUACCUCCGACGUGCUGCUGAACCAUCGCUUCUUGUGUCGUGAGCGUCCGAUGACGGUGGUAAUGGACCUGAUAGCACGCACCAAGGAUGCAGUGAGAGAGCUGGACAACCUGCAGUACCGCAAGAUGAAGAAGAUCCUCUUCCAGGAGACCCAGCAGAACGGCCCCGUGUCCGAGGGAGGGGACGACGAGGAGGAGGUGGAGCAGUACCUGCUGCGGACAGGCACAGUCAACAGCAUGGAGAGCUCCCAGUCGGUGCCCAGCAUGUCCAUCUCAGCCAGCUCUCAGAGCAGCUCCGUCAACAGCCUGGCCGACGCCUCGGACGACAGCAGCAAUGAGAUGGCCAUGAUGCAGGAGGGCGAACACACCGUCACCUCCAACAGCUCCAUCAUCCACAGACCCUCGGGUCAGGAUAACAUUUAUGAUGACCCCUACCAGCCAGAGAUGGACCAGCCCCAGGUUCCCUCAGCCGGACGCCGCCGAGCAUACUACCGCAACCGGGACCACUUCGCCACCAUCAGGACCGCCUCCUUGGUGACCCGUCAGAUCCAGGAGCACGAGCAGGGCUCUGCCCUGAGAGAGCAGAUGUCCGGCUACAAGCGCAUGAGGCGGCAGCACCAGAAGCAGCUGAUGGGGCUGGAGAACAAGCUGAAGGCGGAGAUGGACGAGCAUCAGCUGAAGCUGGACAAAGAGCUGGAGAACCAGAGAAACAGCUUCUCCACCGAGGCCGACAAGCUGGCCAAGAAGCACCAGGCCAUCCUGGAGAAAGAGACUAAAGCAGCUCUGGCUGAGGAGAAGAAGUUCCAGCAGCACAUCCUGGGCCAGCAGAAGAAGGAGCUGACCAGUUUACUGGAGUCACAGAAACGGCAGUACCGCCAGCGCAAGGACCAGCUAAAAGAGGAGCUGAAUGAGAACCAGUCGACUCCGAAGCGGGAGAAGCAGGAGUGGCUGAUCCGUCAGAAGGAGUGUCUGCAGCAGAUGCAAGCAGAAGAGGAGGCCAGCCUGCUGCGGAGACAGCGGCAGUACUACGAGCUGCAGUGCCGCCAGUACAAGAGGAAGAUGCUGCUCGCUCGCCACAACCUGGAGCAGGACCUCCUGAGAGAGGACCUGAACAAGAAGCAGACCCAGAAGGAUCUGGAGUGCGCCAUGCUGCUGCGACACCACGAGUCCACCCAGGAGCUGGAGUUCAGGCAGCUGGGCUUGGUGCAGCGGACCCGGGCCGACUUGAUCCGCACGCAGCACCAGACCGAGCUCACCAACCAGAUGGAGUACAACAAGCGGCGCGAGCAGGAACUGCGACAGAAACACACCGUGGAGGUCCGGCAGCAGCCCAAGAGCCUCAAGACCAAAGAGCUCCAGAUCAAGCGUCAGUUCCAGGAAACCUGUAAGAUCCAGACCCGGCAGUACAAGGCGCUGAGGAACCACCUGCUGGAGAGCACUCCCAAAUCCGAUCACAAGGCCGUCCUCAAACGGCUCAAAGAGGAACAAACACGUAAGCUGGCCAUCCUGGCCGAGCAGUACGACCACUCCAUCAACGACAUGCUGUCCACACAGGCUGUGAGUAAGCUGCGUCUGGAUGAGACGCAGGAGGCGGAGUACCAGGUGCUGAGGAUGCAGCUGCAGCAGGAGCUGGAGCUGCUCAACGCCUACCAAAGCAAGAUCAAGAUCCACACCGACACACAGCACGAGAGGGAGGUCAAGGACCUGGAGCAGAGGGUGUCCAUCCGCAGAGCGCUGCUCGAGCAACGGAUCGAGGAGGAGAUGCUGUCUUUGCAGAACGAGCGUUCGGAGCGGAUCCGUACUCUGCUGGAGCGGCAGGCUCACGAGAUCGAGGCGUUCGACUCGGAGAGCAUGCGCCUCGGCUUCAGCAACAUGGCGCUCAGCGGGAUCCCCGCCGAGGCCUACAACCAGGGCUACCCCACCCCCAGCCCCUCCUCGGGCUCCAGCGGCUGGCCCUCGCGGCCCGUCCCGCGCUCCGGCAGCCACUGGAGCCACAGCGUUCAGAACUCUGUGUCCACGCCGUCAUGGCGCAGUCAGAACCACGGCGGGGGGGGCUUCAGCCGCGCAGAGUCCGUCACCUCGUCACACGGCCUUGGCAGGGACAGCGAGAUGUACAAGAGCAGCAGCCGGGGUCAUUCUUCCUCCUCCUCUUCCUCUUCCUCCCACCCCUCCCACCACCACCAUCACCACCACCAGCAGCAGCAGCAGCAGCAGCAGCAGCAGCAGCAGCAGCAGCAGCAGCUGCAGCAGCAGCUCCAGCAGCAGCAGCAGCAGCAGCUACAGCAGCACUACCUCCCCCAGCACUACCAGCACCACCAGAGCACGCCACAGCUCUACCGUGACCCCCACGAGGUCAGGGAGCGCGAGCGUCCCCGAGAGUGGGGGGGAGGAGGCAGCAGCAGCCACUAUCCGCACCACUCCCAGGGGCACCACCACCACCACCACAUCGCCUCCCACGCCUCCUCCCAGUCUCUGGCUCUCCUGCCUCCCCCGCCACCGCCUCCCCCGAUUUCCCUGUCUUCCUCCUCUCCUCCGUCCUCCGCCUCUUCCUCUUCGUCGUCACAGGGAGGAUACGGCGGCGGCUUGAGUAUCAGGGGCCCGGGCCUCAUGGCGCUCAGGAACAGCCCCCAGCCCUUGAGGAGGACGGCGUCCGGAGGGCCGGGGGGAGGCGGGGGGAGCGACGGAGGGCUCAGCCGGAGCACGUCGGUCACUUCUCACAUUUCUAACGGCUCCCACCUCUCUUACUCCUGAUUCUCCUCUGAUCUGAGGUCUGCUUCUUUUGAAAGAGAGUUUUAUGUUUUUAGCUGAUUUAAAGAUGCUUCUGCCGGAGCAAAGUCAAUCCUUAAAACACAAACCAAUACCCCGAUUUUAAAUGUUAGUUAUUUGCUUUCCUGAUGUUUGCAGGGACUUUAAAGUGCUCCUGAUGCACAAAGAGAGGACACUUUUUUUUUAUUUAGUCACUACACAAGUAUUAAAAUCACUGCAAACCUCUUCCAAACAUUAUUAAAGAGUUGCACAGGCGGUGGCGGAACUAAACAAUCCCAAAAAAUGAAACGCAACGUCCACAUGUGAAAAAUGAGCCAUGUGCUGCAGAAUGAACACAAAGUAGAUCUAAAAAACAAAACAGAAUAGAAUUUGUGCAUUUGUUCAUUGUGCGCCACAUUGAAUCUGUUGCACAGAAACGGUUGAGCUGCAGAGAGCGGGUUUAAAGACUAGCAGGUUUAAAUUCUGGUUUUCAGGCGACUGUUGUGGAGCUUCCACUUGGCUAGCGGUGCUUUAAAAACCACUGUAACUAUGUAAAUAACGGUAAAUUGCAAACCAAGUUUUUUUUUUGUUUUUUUAAGUGUUUCAUACGUUCAGUGAGGCGGGGGGAGGGGUUGACCGAGGGAAGAUUUCUUGAAAACACAUUUCUUUUUAUUUUUAGUGAUAAAUAAGGUUCUGUAAAUGACAACUUACAAAGAAACACUGCCACCUGUGUGUUGGGCUGACCCAGGACAAAUAUACCACUGCCCUUUAAAGUCCCCUUAAAGGGGCGGUCUGCGUGUUUGGGAACUUUGCUGUUUUAAAUGACGUAUAAGGGACAUUGUAGGUAUAUAAAAACAACAUUUACCCAGGAGGGGGAUAAUAUUCAGAAAUAAUUUAGAAUUUACAAGAUUUUAAAGAAAACAAAUCAUCAAUGUACAAGAAAAUUAUUCCUUAAAAAAAAUCUUAAUUUUAAUGUAUAAAAGUCGAAUUUAUGUGAAAAAACUCUUUUAUGUUGUUAAUUUACAAAAUACAUUCUCUGUGAUUAAAGUCCUACAUUGACUUUAUAAUAAAUAAAAAUUAACAGAAAAACAAUACAGAUUCAUAUAAAAAUAACAUGCAUAUUUUCAUAAAGUAGUAAACUACCCUUUUCUUCUUUAAUGAGACUUUUUUGUGCAAAUUAUUGGCUAUAAUCCGAAAUAAUUACUCUAUAAAAAAUCAUUUAAAAAAGCAAAUAAGAAAAUGUCCCAAAACGUCUGACUGCUCCUUUAAAGGGUGUGUGUGUGUGUGUGUGUGUGUGUGUGUGUGUGUGUGUGUGUGUGUGUGUGUGUGUGUGUGUGUGUGUGUGUGUGUGUGUGUGUGUGUGUGUGUGUGUGUGUGUGUGUGUGUGUGUGUGUGUGUGUGUGUGUGUGUGUGUGUGUGUGUGUGUGUGUGUGUGUGUGUGUGUGUGUGUGUGUGUGGCUAACCUCCACCUGUUGUUUCUCCCCUUCACAGUCUGCUCUGCAUCUGUAGGUAGAUGUACACGUUACAUUACAAAUAAAUUAGUUACAGUUACAGUGCAUGGAUCUUGUGUACAGACGCCAUUUGUAUGGAUAACAUGCACACUACCUAUUUAUAUAAAUGCGUAUAAAUACAUGUAAGAUACCUGUAAAUGUAGCAGGUAUAUACUGAAGAUUGUUCACUGUCCAAACACUUUGACUUGCAUUGUACUUAGCAGUGUACAUAAAGCACUAACUGAGACUGUGUUAGAGUAAUAAUAAUGAUGUACUUGUUGUACUAGACAAAUAGACGCUAUCAUUAUUAUUACCUCUACUGCAGCUGUAAUAUUUAUGUUGUAUGCUUAUUUUAAAAAAUGUAAUUGCCAAUUUUUAACCACUAGGUGGGGGAAUAAGCGCAAUUUUACUGUGAUAGAGCUAUUACAAAAAAUAAAAAAAUAUUAAUGUUUCUGAGGACUACCUUUCCCAGCAUUCCUUUGGGCAGGUCUGGGUUCCACUUUUUACUUUUUUUUUGAGCCAGUAUUAAAGUGUGGAACGUCCACAGUGGAGCUGAGUCAUUUGAAUAAUUUUCAGACUAUUUGAUGACGUUUGGUGCCAUGUUUUAAAAAAAUUAUUAUAUUCCAGCUCAUAAAACACUGUAACCUGCAAAAAAUUAAGCCACAAAGUGUUCAGUAUUUAGUAAUAAAGAUACACAAUAUUACAUGAAUGGUGAUAUGAAAACAAAUUAAAAUUACAAUUAAAAUACACAAUCUUUGUUGUGUGUAAAAUAUAUAAAUAAAUGUUAAUUGGAAAACUAAUUUAAUUGUAAACAAUUACCCUUUAAGGUCAGGUUUUAACCUUUAUUUCACAAAAAAACCUUUUAUUUUACACAUUUGCUGCUUUUCAUAAUGGCAACUUGCAUUUCUUUUUUAAACUUUUUUUUGUUAAAGUUAACUCUUAAAUUAAGCAAUUAGCUAAUAGUUAAUUCAAUUUGAAUAACUUCCACAAAUUCCUGUCAAAUUACACUUAAUGAAAUGGCUUUUUGUGCUAUACUUGAUUAUUUAUCUGAUAUUGAACACUUUGUGGAACUUUAUUUGCAGGACUUUUCUGGAUAAGCAGCUCAUCAUUUGUUUUUGCACGGCGUGAAUGGGUAGAAAAAUCAUCGGGUCACUUCCUGCAGCGGCAGGAAAUAAAUCAGCGGACUUCCUGCCAACAUGGCGUCUGCAGGAGGGCCGACCUCAGUGUGAUCUGAUGCUGUCUGUCGCUGUCACGUCUACCUCAUUUGCACUGAUAGUAAAAGAAUGUUUGGGCGGACUUCAAAUAAUGCAUUUUUUGUUUUAAUGCAGACUUUGUAUUAUUGCUUAAAUAUUUCAGUUUAUACCUGUAUUUGUGCAGAUGUUUGACAGGAGAUGCAGAAGGAGGGGAUGGAAAACAGUGGAAGCUGGAAAAGGUUUAUAAAUGUCAUCUUUACAAGGAUAUGCUGGACUUUUAACGCUAAAAGAUGUUCAGGUGAAGAAAACAAACUCACCCCACAUGUUGUACUGAUCUGUGUUGAUGGAGAUGACUCCCUCAAAAAAAAAAAACCUCAAGAAAAUGUUUGUGAGAUUUCAUUUUGCCAACUUUUUUUAAAUGCAUUGUUUUGUAAAGAUUUUUCAGUGCUUAUCAUUCCGGAGAUGGUUUUAAGUUUUGCCAAUUUUUAAAGCUGCACUCAGAUUAAAUCUCCUGCAGGGAGAACUAGAGUUAAAUUCUUCCUGUUUCUAUUGUUGUGUUCACUGACAUCAGGAUUUCUGUUUUUUCAUCUCCUCAAAAUUAAAGGAACAUUUUGGGAAAUGUGGAUGUUUUUUGUCAGAUGUCUAUCAGUCAUUAUUUUCAUAAUUUCAAUUUAUUUGACAAAAUAAUAUAUGAUUAUAAAGAAAACUAUCAAAUGCUAAACAACCAAAUAGGCUUACUUAAUUGUCUUGUUUCGUCCGAACAGAAGUCAAAAAGCUCUAAAUAUUAGGUUUAUUAUGAUAGGAAAAAAAGGAAAAGCAAAAAAAUGCUCACAUUUUCAAACCUGGAAAAUGAUUUCUUUGGUCAUUUUACUUAAAGUUAUAAAUCAAUAAAGGUAUUAUUUUCUGUCCAUUAAUCAAAUGUGAAAAGUGAAUAUUUUCAUGUGUUGGAAAGUUUUUUUUUUAACAUUUUCCUCAAUUUCAAGAAAUAUAUUUUAGUUUAUUGCGAAAAGAGCCAAAUUGCCUUUUGUCAGAUGUAGUUAUUUGGCAUUGAAGAAACUCAGAAUACACAAACAUGGGUAAAAAGAUAUAAAUUUAACAGAUUUAAAAAUGUAUAGACACUGCUAGUUCCAGACUGAUGGCAAACAAGCACGUUUCCCAGAAUGCCGUGCUGUUCCUUUAAUUAAUCAAAAUAGUUUUACUUCAUUUUCCGUGUGGGUCCAUAUUUUUCCUGAUGCAGUUUUAAAUGUUUUAUGUUGGACAAACUCUCCUCAUCCAGUGUUUCUGCCCCACCCUCAAGCCAGGAAACACCUUCCUCCCCCAUAAAAGACAGAAACACGUUUGUUUGGUGCCUGCAGGAAGAUAACUGACAGGAAGGAUGAAGAUGAGAGUCUGAUGGAUGAAUUUAAAUCUUGUUUUUACAGCUGAAGGUCGAGUUUAAAAUGUUCAGGUUCAAAAUGUUGAUAAAUUAGUUGUACAGAAACGUAAUGGAAAAUAAUUUUUGGAGAAAUAAAUGAACAAAAAAAACAA